AUGGUGUCGAGGAUCCUUGAGCAGAACUCUAUUCUCCCCGAGAAUACCCGGAUUCGAAGGGCAAACAACAGUACAGAUGACUCUGAGGUCCUUGUCGCUUCGGUCCAGCGUGACGACGACGUAAGCCGCAUCCGUACCUUUCCCACCCCAGGCCUAAAGGGUGUGAUACGACUGAUUCGAGGAGACCACUCCUCUGCGUUGGAAAAUAUCUGCAACGAACUCACCCAGGCUGCGAAGUUCGCCGCCAACGACUCCCAGGUCGAAUUCCUCCGGAAGUAUGAAGAAAGCUUCCAGACAGGCAGUCUGAACACGUACCGGGAGUCCCAAUGGAUUUGGGACCGGGACGAGGCACCGCGAGUUGACUUCUCGAGCAUCCACACUCUUGCAUACUGUGCUAGUAUCAUCUUUCCGGGGAUCAACUUGCCCAAUGAGGAUGGCUUCAAGAAUGUCAUUAUUUCCAACAGGAUGGCAACGGAGAGCAGGGCGCUACAAUACCCUUUCAUCGACCCCUCGGAGGCAGAGACGUUUACCAAGCACAAGUUCCCCGCAUACCAUUGGUGUGUUGUGCUCCAUGAGCUGCUGGGCCAUGGUACAGGACAAAUGAUGGUCGAAACCGAGGAAGGGAAGCAUAAUGUUGACAUCGACAAUCCGCCUAUCAGCCCGCUUACUGGAAAGCCGAUCACUACCUGGUAUAAGCCGGGUCAGACUUGGACUGGCCAGUUUGCUGAUCUCGCCACGACGGUUGACGAAUGCAGGGCCGAGCUCCUUGGAGCAUAUCUGAUGGACGAUCCGGAGCCGUUGGAGUUAUUUGGGUUUACGGCCAGCUCAGAAUUAGCGCUGAAGACCCAACUUGAUGUUGAUGGGCUCCAAGGCCUCUCAAACUUCAAUGUUAACACUGAAAUGGGUCAAGCCCAUAGCAGGGCCCAUUUCGCUAUUCUCAAAUGUCUGUUGCUUGAUGGCAAUGGGCCGGUGACGGUAGUCCAUGACGGCUUGGCAAAGGCCGUCAGAGUUCGAGUGGACCGAUCCAAGAUCCUCACGCACGGCAAGGUUGCUCUUGGCAGCAUGCUCCCGAGGCUGCACAUGUAUCGCUGUACAGCCGACGCGAGUGCCUGCCGCGCAUAUUAUGAAGAGCUCUCAGCUGUGGAUGGCGAGUACCUUGAGUGGCGGGAGACGGUGUUGGCGAACAAGCCUCCGCCAUUUGUGUUUGUCCAUGCCAACACUUUCUUGGAUGGCGAGAAGGUAGUGUUGAGGGAGUAUGAGCCCACAGCCGAGGGUGUUAUCCAGAAUUGGGCAGAACGGAGUGUAUGAUCCUUUCGAGCACAGUCUCCUGUUUUCCUUCUCUCGCCCCCUUACCAUCCCAUUCUGCAGCAACAUCUUCCACGGCCCAACGAUCUCCUAUUUCCAAAUCUUCAUUCAUGAGGUUUCCAACUAAUUCAGUCCCCGACUUUCUUCAUAGAGUCAACAUACUGCAAGAUUUGAAAGACCAUCUGCGCAAGACCGAUCAGAAUGCUUGAUGUGUCAAAGAUCAGGACGCUCCAGAACGCCAGCCAUGCGGUCGAGUCCCGCCUGUCCUGCCAUAGCUGGCGAAGAGAGCGUGGUUUCUUGCCUGCUGCAUAACUGUUCAACCGGACAAUCCUGCUGCGAAGAUGGGGGAAGUCACCAGCAAGAUUGUACUCAUCCCGCCCAGUCAACGGCACAGGACACUGAAAUCUCUUCCGACCGCAGAGCUCGACGAGAAGCUGACCUUGACCCUGAGGCGUGGCAGAUGUAGGUUGCAGCCGGCGAAAUGCCAGAUUUUGAUCUUUUACCUUGCCCAAAGAUCAAACGGUACGAAAGCAACACCUCCUCCAGCAGACCCGUGAUACCCUCCUCGGUUGCCCACGGGACCAAAUCCGGUCUGUCGAAUGCGCAGCGAUAUACCACACUGUUGCACCCUUCAUUCCCGUCCACCCCUCGGUGUUGCUGGAGACUCUCGACGCAAAAUGAUGGGUAUCGGUAGACGAAAAGCCACCCUGAAGGUCUGUCGAGCUCGAGGUGGCAGGGUAGGCAGUCGACCCAUUGAACCUCCACGCGGCAGACACUUUGCCGUCCGAGGACAGAAAAUACGAGGUCUUUGGCGGACUGAGGACCUUCGUCGUUGUCUUGGAUUGAUAUGGUGCCAGAACUUAUGAGUGUGUCCGUGAUGCUGCUGAUGCUUUUAGGCCCUGGGCGGAGGAUGAGUUCUCGUAUCUGGUCCCAAAGGAGAAAGAAGCCCGUCUAGUCGGGACCUCCAUCGAAAUCAAUCUCUGGCA